AUGUUAUCUGGCAUUACCUGUCAUAGAAGAGGCCCGAUACUGUCUGGCAUUACCUGUCAAAGAGGAGCCCUGAUACUGUCCGGCAUUACCUACCAUAGAGGAGGCCCAAUACUGUCUGGCAUUACCUACCAUAGAGGAGGCCAAAUACUGUCUAACAUUACCUGCCAUAGACGAGGCCCGAUACUCUCCAGCAUUACCUGCCAUAGAAGUGGCCGGAUACUGUCUGGCAUUACCGGCCAUAGAAGUGGCCCAAUACUAUCCGAAAUGAACUGCCAUAGAGGAGGCCAAAUACUCUCUGGCAUUACCUUCCAUAGAAGUGGCCCAAUACUGUCCGGCAUUACCGACCAUAGAAGAGACCCGAUACUGUCUGGCAUUGCCUGCCAUAGAGGAGGCACAAUACUGUCCGAAAUUGCCUGCCAUGGAGGAAGCCAAAUACUCUCUGGCAUUACCUUCCAUAAGUGGCCCAAUACUGUCCCGCAUUACCUCCCAUAG